AAUUCAAAAUUGUAGUUUCAUCGCAAACAAAGUAUUAAAUAGAUUUAUUACCUUAUUUUAUUUAGAUCAUAUGUAAUCUAAAUUCUAAUGUCUAAUAUAUAUAUAUAUGAUCUAAGGGAUUUUACCUCUGAAUUACUGAUUGUAUAAAAAAUUAAAUUCAAUAAUAUAAAUUAAAUAAGAUAUAUGCAGCAUUAUAUUUGUAACGCAUAUAUAAUAUAAUAAUUCUGUAAUUUCAUUUCAAUCUAAAUCGAUAAUAUUCCAUAUAAUACGAGAAUAACGAUCUCUCAACUUAAAUAACAAAAAUACAUUAAAUCUAUAUUAUUUCUAAUCUAUGGUUUCAUGAUAUUGGUUUCAUAUUGAUAAGAUAUAAAUAUAUAUAGUUAUAUUGUUUACUUUUAAAAAGCACGUGCAAGCAUGAUAUAAACAAAAUAUGAUAUAGUAAAACAAAAAAUGAUAUAGUAAAGAAGUUAAUCAUACAGUAAAAAAGAAAAGUUAUAAUAUUUUAUUAAAUCGCUGUUAAACUUUCUUAUUAUUGAAAUUAAACUAUACAAAAAUGUUUUCGCGUAUUGCAAAACCUUUUUAUCUUUAUUCAGCCGGUAUAAGUAUCAUUGGUGGUGCAUACUUAUUAAAAGAUUAUCUUGGUGGAAAUUUAUAUGAUAAUACUGACAAAUUAAAUGAUAAAGUAGUUAUUGUAACAGGAGCAAAUACUGGAAUUGGUAAAGAAAUAGCUCGUGAUUUAGCCAAACGAGAAGCUAAAGUUAUAAUGGCUUGUAGAGAUAUGGACAAAUGUGAAAUUGCACGUCGUGAUAUUGUAAUAGAGAGCAAGAAUAAAUUUGUUUAUUGUAGGGAAUGUGAUUUAGCAUCUCAAGCAAGUAUUAGAGAUUUUGUAAAGCAAUUUAAACAAGAGCAUAACAAUCUUCAUAUUCUCAUAAAUAAUGCAGGAGUAAUGAGAUGUCCUAAGGAACAUACUAAAGAAGGAAUUGAAAUGCAGUUUGGUGUAAAUCACUUAGGACACUUUUUAUUAACAAAUUUGUUACUAGAUGUUUUAAAAAGUUCUGCACCAUCAAGAAUUAUAAACGUUUCAAGUAGUGCACAUAAGCGUGGAAAAAUUAAAUUGGAUGAUUUAAAUAGUGAAAAAAAUUAUGAGCCGGGUGAAGCAUAUGCACAAAGCAAAUUAGCUAAUAUUCUGUUUACAAAAGAAUUAGCAAAUAAAUUAAAAGGAACUGGUGUUACAGUAAAUGCAGUACAUCCUGGUAUAGUACGCACAGAAAUAAUGCGACAUAUGGGAAUUUAUCAAUACUAUUUUGGUAGAUUGCUCACAGAUUUAUUAACAUGGAUAUUUGUAAAAACACCUUUAAAAGGAGCACAACCGAUUUUAUUUGUUGCAAUAGAUCCAUCUUUGAAUGAUGUGACUGGAGAAUAUUUUGUUAAUAAUAAAAUAGCAGAUGUUUCAAGUGAAGCAAAAAAUGAUCAAAUUGCAAGAUGGCUAUGGGUAGUUAGUGAAAAAUGGACUAAAUUAAAUUAUAUGUAAAUUGAUUUAAAUAUAAUAAAUUUUAUUAAAAUUUAUACUAUUAAAA